UCACACUGUACGCGCGGUUGCUGCGCUGUCGUGCCGCGGGCGUUUUUUGUUUUUGUUAGAAUAUUCAAAAAGAAUAAACAAUAAACGGUAUUUAAAAUGCAUUAACAAACGCGCAUCGUUUCGGUAAACGUUAAGUGAAAAUUAUCAACAAAUUAGCAACGUGCAAAAAGACAGUGCGAAGGUGUGAAAAAAUCGUGGUACAGCAUCCUUUUAGCUGCUGCUUCUUCUCUUCAUCUUGUGCAUUCCUUUUCGCCUGCCAUUUCGUGCGCGUGUGUGUGUGUGUGCGUGUCCUCCAGAUUGGAUGUGGGCAUGCUCCCUCCUACCCCGCCCUAUCAAGCCGCAAGAAAUCGUAAAUUAUUUUAGUGCUGCCAAUAAAUUGAUGCCAAAAUCCCAAUCGGAACUCGCGCGCGUAGACCUGCCGUUACCGGGCGGUGGGUAACCAACGGCGUUUCGGUUAACUGUUACGGUAACUGUAACUCUCUCGCUGACUUCUGUGUGUGUGCGUGUCGUGUGAAUUUUAACAAUUAAUUAAAAAUGCAAACAGCCUGAGGAGCAAAACAACAAAAACAGCACCCCUGUGCUCUCAAUUUGAAUUCCUUUCUGGUCUCUGGCAUGUCCUUGCCCUCAUAUGCGUGUGUGUGUGUAUACAUAUGUGUGAGACUGAGAGGAUUACAACUACAUUUGAUGUGCCAACAAGAAGAGAGAGAAGAACAGCCGUUUACAACAGCAGCAACAAAGUCGCCACUUGGAGUACCAAUUAAAUGGCAAAGCCACGCAGAAAACGCUUCCGUUUGAGUCUGUGUCCACGUCCACGUUACAGCAAGCACAAGAUCCAUGCCACAUACGAAACAGAAGCAACAGCAGCAGCAGCAUCAGUACCGUGCCACAAGUAGCAGCAGUCACAGGAGCCACAGCAGCAGCAGCAGUAGCAUGAUGGAUAAGCGAUCCCUCUGCCUGCUGCUCAUCUGCGUGAAUCUCUGUCUGGUGAUUUGGCUGGUGAGCGUGCAGCAGCCACAGAUGCUGGAGUCGGAGGCGCCUGCCUCGGCAGCAGCACUCACAGGAGGUGAGAGGGAACUGGAUGGAAGCAGCGGAGGAGCAGCAGCCACAGAGGAGUCGUCGCCACCGCCGCCACGAAGUGCCAAUGGAGGAAGAAUCGGAAGAGAUAGCAGAAGCUGGAGUAGCAGCAGCAGCAGCAGCAGCAGCAGCAGUUGGAGCAGCAAACCAAACCAAAUACACGACCCUAGUCGCAUCCCUAGCUUUAACGAUAGUCUAGAACUAAGUCCGCCGACAGCGCAGACAGCGGCACCGCGGACAAGUGCGCCACAGAUCUCCACGCAGCUGAUGGAUUUGCCGAACUUCUCGUAUCUGAUGAAUCAGCCGCCCUGCGAUGACCACGUCCAGGCACUGAUACUCGUGCACACCUCCCCGUUCAACCACCAGAAGCGGGCACUCAUCCGGCAGACGUGGGCCGAGCGGAAGUACAUUGAGAGGACGCCCCUGCGGGUCAUCUUCCUGCUGGCGGACGUGUGGCACGAGCGGCCCAGCUGGCAGUAUUUCCUCGAUCAGGAGAACGCCAAGAACGGGGACAUGGUGCAGGGGAACUUCAAGGACGACUACCGCAACAUGACCUACAAGCAUGUGAUGGCCCUCAAGUGGUUCAACGAGAACUGUCCGCAGGCCCAGCUGCUGGUCAAGGUGGACGAUGAUGUGUACAUGAAUACGCCGCAGUUGGUCAAGUACUUGAAGGAUCCCACGCUGCCGGAGCAUGCCAUGCUGCUGGAGCCCGAUCUGCUGCUCUGCAGGCCCGUCAAUGCACCAAGGGUUAAGCGAUCCUAUCGCUCCAAAUGGCGCGUCACGUACAAAGAGUAUCCGCAUCGAUAUUAUCCGGAUUAUUGUCCAGGAUUUGCCAUCGUCUAUGCCCCAGCGGUGGCGCGGCGGCUGUUUAAGGCCGCCCAAAAGGCCAACUACUUUUGGGUGGACGAUGCCCUCAUCACGGGCGUCCUGGCCCAGGAGACGCACACAAAGAUCACCAGCCUGCAGCAUGUGAUCGGCAAGGGAGACACCAUGAAGCUGAUUGCCGGACAGAUUGGCUUCGACCACAAGGAGUUUCUCUUUGCCUUCCAUGGCAUCCAGCCGCACAUGUGCAACAGCCUGUGGGAUCUCACUGUGGAGAGUAACUACACACUGGAGGCAACAUCCGCAUCUGCCUCAUCGCCUGCUUCCACCUCCUCUGCACCUGCGAAUAGCUCGGCUGCGUUGGGCACGGGCUUUAGUUAGUUUUAAGUCUCGUCACUCGAUUCGCGUUUAAUCAUCUACUUUAUGGCUGUUCAGUUUUUAGGGUUUCCUUUGUAAGUCUUUGAGUUUUUAUACAUUUAGUAGAUUAGUUUAAUGUUUAGGUAGCAUUUUGUCAUGGAAGUAGGGAGGAGUAGGAGGUGCAGUAGUAGAAGAAGCCGAACAAAGUCAAGUGAAACCACCACCCAACCACCUGCCUACAAUCAUUCGUAUCAUACGAGUAUAAGCUAAGUGAUUAUACCAGAUAUAGACAUACGCAAGUGAUAAGCAGAAGCCACUCUCGGACAAGUCAGACAACAGCAGCAGCAACAGCAAGAGAAAAAUCAACCACAAAAUGCGAUUACCUUAAGCACAACUCAAUUUAAGUCAUAAGAAGACAACAAAUAUACCAACCAUACCAUAGUA